CCCAAAGAAAGAAGCCGAAGCCGGAGGAAGAUCAUGUUUGUCCCCUUGCCGGUGCCGUUCGUCUUUCAGAGAGCUGCCCCUGACCUCAGCGCCUGGCGUCUCAAGUCCCCCCUGGCUCUCCGCUCCAACUCCGAUAUCAGGAUGUCAAGGCCAGCUGAACUUGAGAAAUUAGCGGCUGACUCACCGCUGGAGAGCAAAGAUUCAGAGCUCAAUGGAUCUGACUCUAAUCACCAGGCUCAGUCAAUGAAGGUCAAUCCCUUUUCCCUUUCACCAAGCCUGAGCAGCAGCAAGAAUAAGAUGGAAGAGUGUGGCGAGAUGUCCCCGGCACUUCCUCCCUCUCACGGCCCGUCCGCCUCCCAGACGGCACUGCAACACACACAGCUCAUGCUGACCGGCUCCCAGCUGGCAGGGCUCACGGCUCUGUUGCCGGCGCAGCAGCAGCUUCUGUUGCAGCAGGCCCAGGCUCAGCUGCUGGCCGCCGCCGUGCAGCAGUCCAGCGCCGCGCACGCUGCUCACGCCGCCCACGCCGCCGCCCAGGCCAAUCAGCAAGCUCAGGCAGCGGCCGCCGUGGCAGCCAAUCAUCAGGCCCAGAAGCAGCAGCAGCAACAUACACAGCAGGCACAGCAGCAGCAGCAGGCGGUGCAAACAGGCCAGCAGGGUCAGGGACAGAGCACACAGGAACACACUUCCCAAAGCGUCCCUGCCCCACCUCCUCCGCCCCAGCUUGCCCUCUCUCAGCCAAUCCAGCUCACCGCCCAGGACAUCCAGCAGUUGCUGCAGCUCCAGCAGCUGGUUUUGGUGCCCGGCCACUCGCUCCCGUCACCUGCACAGUUCCUCCUCCAACAAGCGCAGCAGGGCCAGCAAGGACUCCUAUCGACACCAAAUCUUAUUCCACUACCUCAACCAAACCAAGGGAGCCUCCUGUCUGCUCAGAGUAGAAUGGGACUCCAAGCACAGCGAGACAAGAGCAUGGAGGUGAGCGGUGGCGGCCUGAGCACGGUGCCCCCCGUACCCUCUCACCCCGAGGAGCCCAGCGACCUGGAGGAGCUGGAGCAGUUCGCCCGGACUUUCAAACAGAGACGCAUAAAACUGGGCUUCACCCAGGGAGAUGUCGGCCUGGCCAUGGGGAAGCUGUACGGCAACGACUUCAGCCAGACCACCAUCUCCCGCUUUGAGGCCCUCAACCUGAGCUUUAAGAACAUGUGCAAGCUGAAACCGCUGCUGGAGAAGUGGCUCAACGAUGCAGAGACCAUGUCCAUAGACAGCACCCUUCCCAGCCCCAGCUCGCUAUCCUCGCCAUCGCUGGGCUUCGACGGCAUGCCGGGCCGCCGCAGAAAGAAGAGAACCAGCAUCGAGACCAAUGUACGCGUUGCCCUGGAGCGUGCUUUCUUGACGAACCAGAAGCCUACCUCAGAGGAGAUCCUGCUGCUCGCCGAGCAGCUCAUCAUGGAGAAGGAGGUGAUCCGGGUGUGGUUCUGCAACCGCCGACAGAAGGAGAAACGCAUCAACCCCAGCAGUUCCACCCCUCCCCUGCCCAACCAGCCUGCCAGCGCCCCGCCCGCGCACAAGGCCCCCUGCUACAGCUCCAACAUGAUGAGCAGCCAGCUGACACAGGCCGUGACCAGUCUCAGUAGCACAACGGCGACCUCCAUGUCCCCCAUCUGCCCCCUGACCUCCAGCCUCACCUCCAGUUCUGCCCCGUCCCCGGUGACCCCUCCUCCUGCUCCUCCCGCUGCUCCUCCACGCAGCACGGCCAGCCCGGCCAGCCACAGUACACUCAAUCUCAAUACUGGCUUGUGGCGUGUGGGUAAAAAGAACGGUGACGUGUCAAGCUACAUCACCGACUUCACUGCAAACUUGAGGAACACUGUGAUGGGGGUUAACACAGGGAUGAACCAAGCCCUCCUCGGUAACAAUCCCCUGGCCACUAUACAAGCCCUGGCAGCCAGUGGUGGCCAGCUGCCCCUUUCCAGUCUUGAGGGCGGCGGCAAGUUGAUGCUGGGGGCGUCGGGCGGCCAGGGCGGCGGCCUGGCGUCCUCGCUCUUCCUCAACCACCCGGCCCUCCUCCACAUGGGCCAGAGCCCAGGCGCCGGUCUGCUGAGCGCGGUGGCGGCCAAGGCCUCACGCCCAUCACCCUUCGCCCCCUCGGCCAGCAGCAUCAGCCCCACCCUCUGCUCCCCCUCCCCCUGCUCCAGCCCCGCCUCCUCCUGCUCGUCCAGCGAAAUGGCACACAGCCCCAAGAUGGAGUGACGCCGCCGGGCGGCCAAUCAGAGAGGAGGAAGGAAGGAAGCGGGCUUCUCUGGACUUUCACACCAAAGCUAGCUCUUCCUCUCUCUCUUGCGCUCUUCUUUUUCUUCUGGCUCUCUCCGUCCUUCCCUCCUGCUCUUUCCGAUGCCAAAAACCCACAGAAUGGAAGAAGAGGGAAGGAGGGAGGGAAAGAGGAGGGGAGAAGGGGGCGGGAAGGGGAAGACGAAACCAAAAAUCUUUAUCUCGCCCCACAGAGGGAUCUCUUUUUUGUUUUUGUUUUUUGUCAGCGUCAGUGUGGCACCUCAAGACUCUCUGAGCAAGAGAAGACGAGCAGAGAGGCCUGCUAUCCAGCGCCUAAACCAAAAAUGACAAAAGAAAACCAAGGAGGACAAAAAAAGGAGGAUUUUUUUAAAUGUAUUUAUUUUGCGGGUCCGAUGAGGAAGAGGAGGAGGAGACAUUUGAAACCAAAAAUAUACCUGAGGAGGCGGAGGAGGAACACACAAUGACACAAAAAUACCAAUACCAAAAUCCCAAAUACCAAAAAAUACGGAGAGAAAAGCUUUAUUCAAAGGACAUGUAAAUAAAUAGUGAAGCUAUCCAGGACCAGGACUCCACUGCUUACACACACAUCGUUUGUCCGUCAUUUCAUAGAGAUGUUACCGCUAUCUUAACAUCGCCUUGUUACGCAUUUAAUCAUCAUCAUCUCAUCACACACCUUUGGUAGUGCGCUCCAAAUGGAAGACCAAGGUACUGUAACUCUUGGAUUGGAAGCUACGAUCGGUGGCCGCUGCCUCUUGAUUCCCCCUUUUGUCAAUCAACUUCGUGUGUGUUGGUCCGUGUCGUCGUCCAUCGCACCGUUCGUCCACGUCCGACUGCCAUUAAACGCUCAAAAUGGAAACCAAAGCAUUUUUUUCCCCCAAGGCCUCGAGGGUCUUCUUCAAGAGCCUCGUCCAAGACACUUGACACCCUGAGGGGGCGGCGGGACGGGGGUUCAAACCAGGACACAAUACCCCCUCCCCACACCGUCUCAACUGGGUCAUCAGCUUAAAGUUUCCCCAAAUGGGGUAAGUCAGUUGAACCACUUUUAGCGCAAGUUUUUCGAACAACCUGUGCGGGAAGUUAGUAGAAAAACCCAAAACGGGGUAGGUUUUGCCCAAAGGACUGCGCACCAGGCUAAGGGUGGGACACACGGCCGUGACGUCCCACCUUUUAUAAAAGGAUACCAAAAAUAAACCCAAACCAAAAAGAGACAACCAACCCGAGGACUGACCGAAGCAAACCAAAAAAAACAACCAAAUGUGUCUGGAGGGAGGAGGGGAGAACUUUUGGGUGCCACCCUCAAAGUGUGUAGCACAGGUGGAUGGCCAAAAAUAGGGGAGGGGCCCCGUCCAGCCUCCCUCUCCAGCCCAGCUCUUUUGGUCCUGGAUGGAACCAAACGCAAACGACCUCACUGAACUGAAUCUUCUUUUCAAAGAAAUACUUAUUUUCUGUCAGGUUGCUGUGAUGCUGUUUUAUCGUACUGUACCUUUUAGUGCUUAUUAUGACCACUCAUUUGGAAGAGCCCACUCGCUGACUUACUACACAAAGCUCCUUAGUUUUUUUUUCUAGUUUUUAUCAGGUGGUUGGGUUAAAACAAACAAAAACAAAAAACUGAAAAUUUUAUUUCCUGAUUUUCCCAAAAUGCCAAAAAACAAACAAACCAAAUACACAUGAAGUGACGGUCUGGGAAAAUUGAACAGUUUUCAGUUUUUGGGCUGUUAGUGGGUGCCAAAUACAAAGACACGGUCGCCAUUAUGACUUUGCAGGCUUGCUGGCGCCCGCCAGUGUCGCAGAGGCAGGCGGGCGUUUACCCAAAGACAACUCGGUUGUGACGUGGAGGUUGGCGCCUCAAAGGUGAAGCCUUUUGUCCAUGUGGACUCUUUAGACGGAAUGUAUCUGUUAGUGCUUCUAUAGAUUUUUGUAGUUUAAAAAAAAAAAAAAAAAAAAAAAAAAAGAUCUAUGUUCUACUACUGCUUACUUAUUGCCAAUGUAUUGGGGGGAAGAAAAAAAAAAAAACUGCGGAAAAAAAGAUCCUUAAAAACAUUGACUUGAUUUUAGACCAAAAAUUUAAACGCUCUCUCUUUUUUAUUUUAAAUUUAGACUUUUGAUUGUACUAUUUAUUCAGGGUAGGGUUGAUUUGUUCCCUUGCUAUUUAUUUGUUAUUAUUCUAAUUUAUUUUGUUUGAAUAUUCUGGGAUGGAUGCGACAAUGUUCUUACCCACCAACAUUCUUCUUCAAACCAAAUAAUUCUAAUAAUGCACCAAGAAGAGGGGAACUUCCUCAUGUUUGAGAGGCGACACGUGACCAUGUGACUUAGAAAAUGUGUGGGGGGGGGGGGGGUCCAAGGUUUACAACGGUCCCGGCGCACCAGGUUUUCAAGUACCGAGCGGCGCUCUAAGAACUAGUUUGCUGGGCGGCGUAAGAAUACGUCGUCACGUGGCACAAGAAAACACGCUCAAUUAGCGCCGUACUUACUGAUUUUCAUUUGAUUGUUUUAUAUUUAUGGCCUAAAAAUGUUUUUCAUACAUAUAUUUACUGUAAUUAUGACUACUGCUUUCUUGUAGGUUAGAGAUAGAGUACAGUAACUCGCUUUACUCCAUCGUAAAUCGAGGACCCCCUGUACAACUUAUUUUUUUGUACAGUAACAUGUUUGUGAGCAGAGCAAAAAGUUGACUUUGACGUGUUAAACCUCUUUCUCCACCAGGAGAAACUAUAAAAGCUUUACUGCUACGUGACCAAAAAGAAGCAAAACAUUAGAAAGGAUGCUCUCUUUUUUUUUUUAAUCAAUUGUGCUCCUGAAACCUUGGCUUUUUUUUUUUUUUUUUUUAUCUUAAUCUUUUUAUUGUAUUCCUUCAUCCAGCAUUGGAUGUAAAAGAGAGAUAGUUCAUCAUAUACCUCAUGUUCUCUGAUGAUAAACCAAAUAGAUGAAUGCUUUAAACAAAAAAUGGAGGGGGUUGGGGGUCUGUCUGGGUUACUGGGAUGUUGUGCUGACACAAGUUUGGGGGUCCGACAUCUGAUUAUGAGCCCUUUUCACGUGGAGCUCUUGCAAAAUUGGCCCAUCAGAGUCCUAAUCAGACGAUCCAAGAUUUAUUAGUGUUUGCCGUUUACACAGAACACAGCAAAAGCCUGAUAUUGACGCAGUUGUGCGCACUUUCACACAGCACGUAUAAAAUCGGAGAGCGAUAAUUGCUUUCAACGGGGCCGGACAAGUGAGUGUCGGGUGUUCCCUUUUCUUAAAAGUGUUCUGUUGUUGUGGGGAAAAGACAUGAUUUGCUUGAAUUAGUAAAGUUGCAGUAAAAAAGAAAUAAAAUUGCACUCCAGUCGUUUGCAUUUUACACAAGCCCAGCAAAGGCAGGAUAUAUUGCUGUAAUUGUGCACUUUCACUCAGCAACAUCCCACAAUCCGACAAUUACAUGACACCAGGGUCUUGGGUGACGUAUGAAAUACUUGUUCGACAGACGCAAUUGCUUUCAACACAACAGGGCGAGAGAAGUGAGCGUCGUGUGUUAAAUCUAACAUCCAUUUCCCGCCUUUUCUGGCAUUCUCUGUUCCUAAAAUGUUUCUGUUGUUCAUAUAAGAUGGAAAAAUUAGGAACAUUUGGCUAAAUGAGUCUCAAGUUGCACUUGCCAUUGUUCCCAAACCUCUAGAUGGCAAGUGCUUUCAACACAAAACCCAGCAAAGAUGAGAUAAUGCCGCGACUCUUCUGAGACUUUUUGAAGAGUUGCAUUUUAUUCAGGAAUAGGUUUUGCAUCUUGCCACAAAGAUUGGUCACAGUCUAUCUGACAACAAGACACUAAUUUGUGCAUUCUUCCAAACAGUCAGGAGCGGGUUGGAGCAAAGGAUGCUGGGCAACGAUGAGCUCAUUACUCCUGUGGUAACCCAUUAGCAUUGCUUUCAACACAACAUAGAGGGAGAAGUGAGUGUUAAGUGUGAAAUUCACACCCUGGUUUCGGCUUUGUGGAAUAUGCUUACCAACAGGCGUGGAAUAGCCUUCCACGCAGGCGUCCGAUACUACCUACGAACGCGGAAUAUCGUCAUGCCAACUGUGCCACCCUCGCUCCGUGCAAAUACAGAAAGCACUGUGACAUAAAAAGGCGUCAAAAUAUUGUGUGUUCCUAGCAGCGUGAAAGGGGGUUGACUGAUCCAUGCUCCAGUCAGCACAAACUCAACUCGUGUAACCCCCGAUACCCCCCACCCUGAAAACUCCCCAACCCAACGUUGAGCUUUGAAGGCCGCCCUCUCCUCUUACCCGGGACACUUCCUCUCAAACCCAGGCUGGGAUCUGGUUGCCAGUCUGGCCCCAAAAGAGAUCCAUUCUGGACUUCUGUUCAGUUUCUAGAAACUUCCAAAAUGACCGUGUGUCCUAGACUUUGAAUCAGUAAACCGGCCAGGUAACCAGGUAACCAGCUGACCGGGUAACUGGGGAGCGGCGGCCAGACGGCAGUUGCUAGGUGACGCGUCCUCUGGAGAAUCCCUGUUGGAGGCUGUCUUCUCUCUCGGUCCACGCGAGGUGGACCUCGGGCCUUUGUGGUGGGUCUGCACCCCCCCUAGUGAAUGAUACCAAAGUCUAUGCCCCGCCCCAGAGAUCACGGCAGCUCCGCUUCCUGAUGUCCACCGGACGCCGCUUCGUCUCCGCCGGACUCCGGCAGCUUCAUUCCACAACGUUAAUACAGGCCAACCGUGGUAGGACAUUUAAAGGGAGGCUAUUUUAACAGUGCAAUAUACAGUGGAACCUCGAAAGUCCAAUAAAAUUCAGUCCGGCUGCUCAGUUUGCAGUUUUGUGGGAUUUCAAAACAAUUGAAAAAAAUUGGUUCCUCAGUCAAACUGUACAACCCAAAAAAAAAAAACAUUAUAGCGCUGGGGGAAAAAAACUGAAUUAAUUGUGAUAACUUUUGUUCAUUUUAUUUCUUAACAUUCUUAUUUGUCAACAAGUAUAAAAUAAGAAAACCACUAAUAUUAUUAAAAUGUGAAACAGCCAUUUAAAAAAUAUAUCUUUAAUGUUAUUUCUUAACAUUCUUAGUUGUCAUACAAGUGCAAAAAGAAGUCUGCCAUUGCUUCCAUUGAAAUAAUAAUAAUAAUAAUUUCAAUUUUAAAAAGUACUAAAAAAUUGUAUUUAAUUUUGAUACAGGCUAACUUUCCACCGUUGCUACAACUAUUAAUGCCUAAUCCUAAACUAGUCUUUUCUUUUACACUUUUACCUCUUACAACCUCGGACUAUUCAUUUAAAAGUGCUAUCACAUGAUGGAACGUGUAUUUUGACUUACAGCAGAAGCAACGUGGUACAAUGUAAAUUAGCAAUAGCGUAGCAUACAGUAGCAUGGGCCGAAAAUGUAAAACAUAAAUUCUUAUUCUCCAUUUGAAGCGCUAUUGAUUACUGUUAGCGUAGCGUAGCACAAACCAAGAGAAACAGAAAUUUUCGAAUAAUUUUUUUAUUCUGAUACAGGCUAGCUUUCCAGUUUUGCUUAAGCCUAAUUCUAAACCUGUGGUUCCUUUGACUUUUUUGACACAUAAAAACCUCAGACUAUUCCCUGAAAAGGUUCAAAUCCGUGCUCUCACGUGAUGGAAAGUGUAUUUAACGUGUCGCCAUCUAAACUGGUUGUUUCUUUAAAUUUUUGUACCUUUUGUACGCUGAAAUAGGUGCUUGGCCGUGACUAAAAACACUUUCUGACUUCAAAACCCUGCAUAAAAUCUUGGACUACAUCAUGAAGACAACUCUGCUGUGUACGACAAAAGCAACCAAGUGUUUGCGUAGCAUAACAUGCUCAAAAACAAACCCUUAAGAAACAGAAAUCAUCUUCCUCCAUUUACAAGUCACAGCUGUUGCUGAUUAAUUUUACUUUUUGUUUUAAAUGUUAGCUUCAGCCCAUUGCUACCACUCUUUAGUCUAAUGGCCAACUAAUCGUUUCUUUCAAUUGCAACGCCGUAAGAGUUCAUACUUUAAAAGGCUAACAUAAGUGCUUUAACAUGACUGAAGGUAUUUUUUAAAAAGGAAUGAAACUGCUGGGAGAAGGAAAGACGCGGUCUCACUAGCAUGCUGCUGUGCUUCCGUCCAACUUCUCUCCUGCACGCUAUCAUCUUUCUUCUGUCGUGUACAAUAAUGCAGCUUUAGUCCAAAGGUUUUCACAGCCACGCAUCCCAAAAACGAGUCAGUUUCCAAGAAUAAAACCAAAGAGCUCUGACUUCUUGAUUUUUCUCUCGCCGCCGUACGCCCCCCCCCCCCCCCCCCCAAAAGAAAGUGUCACCUAGCGACUCGCCACUCUUUUACAACCUCAGCUAUCAAAAGGGAAACAAUAUUAAUGAUGCUAAUGAAGAUAAUGAUGAUGAUGAUGAAAUGUAUAUUUUUGAGUAUUUGUCAUUGAGAAAAAUAAUCUGAAUUAUGGCGAUCUUGACGACGAUGAUAAUGAAGUUUCUCUUGGUAUCUUUGUAGCUAUUCUGAUCCUUCUUGAGUUCCUGUCCUUUUUCUGCCAAAGUAUGACCCCCACUGCCCCUUUACCCACCUUUUGACCCCGAUGUUUGCUCCCAACUGUCUGUGUGAGAGAGUGUGCGUGCGAGAUGGGUUUCCCUGGGAGUGGUAAUUUGCCGACUGCCUUGUUCAUGUAGCUUUAAUUGCCCCUGUCAAUAUAUGUGUUUGGAUGGAUGUAUGCCCCCCCACCCCCGCCCUUCCGAAUGUGUCUUCCAUCAUGUGAGCCCACUCCCGAAUUCCCCUGAAGCCCUCGUAGUAGCGACUUUUAGUGUUUAUCUUGGGAGGAAAAAAAAUAGAAAACUCUUGUUUGUUCAUUGUACAGUGUUGUUCAUUUUAAGUCAUUUUUGUAACUGAACGUGUUUCAUUCAUCCAAAUAAAAACAGGAGACAAAAAUUG